AUGGCCUUGGCUGAAAACAUAAAGGACCUGCUGAUGUUGUAUGAAGAAGAAGCUGAGGAAUGGGCCCUGUACUUGAGAGAAGUCUUCCUCCAUGUCAUGAAUAUGGAGGCGAUACUUUUAUACAGCUUGACCAACUCCUCAGCCCAGCACUUGGAAAUGCUGGGCUUAAACUCUUACAAAUGUAAAUUACUGAUAUUAUCAAACAGCCUCCUACAAGGUCUGACCCCUUUGAAAUGCCGUUUUCUGGACACACUCCUCCAUUCACCAGAAAGUGUGGUCAUCCUGCUCUGUGGAGUAAAAAGUUCAGAUGAGCUCUAUGAAUUAUUAACCAUCUCCCCUGGCAGCCAAGAGAUCUCUACUGAACAGGAGCCGGAAGAUUAUAUCUCAGUUAUCAGGAGCGUCAUACAAAGAGGUUCCCAGAAUUACUUUGAAGUUAGUAAUCCAGAAGAAAUAGGAAUGGAACACUACAUAGAAAUAAAUGAGGCAAAGGAGAUUGAAAGAGCAUCAGAAACUUCAGAAAGCAGUGAGUCAUCAGUUCUAGUGCUACCUGCUAAAAUACCCUGUGAGGAUCCUGGUGACAUAUUCAUUCUUUUGAAAGAUGAAAUCAUUGGUGACAUUGAAAUUGAAUUCUCUACAGACAGCAAGUGCAUUAGAGCCCAGCCAUUGCUUUGGAGCAAGACAGUCAGGUGUCUGAAAGCUUUAGGGUUUCUGAGCCUUCCCUCAUGCCUGUGUCUGCCUCCUCCCGGUCUCCACUCGCACCUGCACUCUGAGCCCGCGCUCAAAGCUUCAUUAGAAGAACUUGAUACUAUUCUCACUUCAGUAUUCAAAGCUGAGAUACCACAUUAUGAUUUCAGAAAUCUUCAACAAGAAAUGCAGCACCAAGAAAAUAAGCAAUUGCAAGAACUUCCAACCCUUCUGCACUGUGCAGCAAAGUUUGGCUUAAAGAAUUUCGCUGUCCACUUACUUCAGUGUUCUGGUGCCAGUUGGGCAUCGAAAGUUAAAAACAGAGAGGGAGCAGACCCCACACGGAUCUCUGAAAGCCAAGGUCAUGCACAGCUCAAAAGAAUCUUUGAAGAAUUUUCUAUUCGUGAAGAAAGCAGAAAUGAUGAUUUUGAAGGUGACUAUGUAGUAAAAAUGGAAGAUGUGGAGCCUUCUGUCUCUCCAUUUUCUCCUACAAUGAUGCAGCAUACAUCUCAUCAUCACGGAAGAGGACAGACCUACAAGGAGGAGGGAGAGGAAGAGGAGGGAGAGGAAGAGGAGCAAGAUGAUGAAGAUGGUGGGCAAGAAAGAGGCCAUGGGGUUGAGUCAGAGGAUGAUUUGUAUGUUGUUAUCCCUCAAAGCAAUGAGGAAGGGAAUUCGAAAGACCUGUCGUGCUCUGACAGACCUCCACCCCCCCCUCCUCGAGCUGUAGUUUCUCUCACUGGACUGGAAAAGCCUCAUUGCUUGUUACCAGUGUUUCAACAGAAGACCACCAGACCUCCGCAUGACGGGGACAAACUCCAGGCUCCUGCCAAAAAGCCAGAUAGAAUCCGAGUGGACAACCAACCCUGCUCUGCCCUGAAAUGCUGUAUACCUUCUGGCCAAGAAGAACUCAUCCUUUUGCAAGAAAAAGUAAAAACUGGAGAAAUUUCUGUGGAUGAAGCCCUGAAGAAAUUCAAACAGUGGCAAAAUGAAAAGAGUGGACUUGAAGUUAUUCAGCAGGAAAAGUUACGUCAACUCCGAGACUGCAUUAUUGGGAAAAGACCAGAAGAAGAAAACUUUUACGAUAAAAUCACCAUUGUUCACCAUCCAGAUUUUAAAGAAACUUCUCAAAAUGAAAAUGUUUUGUAUGGAACACCAGUUACCAGUAAGGUUCCCCCUCGGCCCCACAUAGAUAAGGAAUAUGGUUUCUGUUGGAGAAAAGAUAAUUAA